GAGAGUCAGGACCGGUUUGCACGCAGAGAGAGAGAGGAGAAUGUUUUAGGGUGUGUGUAUAAGUGUGUAUAAGUGUGUGUGAGUGUGUAUAAGUGUGUGCUUGUGUUUUAAAUGGGUAACGCGCAGAAGAAGAGCUCGGGGACGAGUUCCGGUGUGUUUAGUCCGGUUCACAGCAGAGCUCGAGACGGAGGAAACCCCGGAAACGCGGAGGGCAAGAAGGCGGCGCAAGUGAACGGCGCUUAUACUGCGGAGGAAACCGGAAACACCGGGACACACGGAGUGAACCUCGAUGCCCCCGCCGGGGAUCUGCCCCCUCCGCUCGCGCGCCUCAAAAACGAGGGCAACAUGCUGUUUAAGACCGGACAGUUUGGGCUCGCGGUGCAGAAGUACACACAGGCCAUAGAGGGAUACACACAGGCCAAGGAGAAGUACACACUGUCUACUGAGGGACACACACUGUCAGGUAUUGACAGUCCUGAGGAUCUUUGCAUUUUGUACUCCAACAGAGCUGCUUGCCUUCUGAAAGAUGGGAACUGUACAGACUGCAUUCAAGACUGCACCAGUGCGCUGGAGCUCCGCCCCUUCUCCCUGAAGCCCCUCCUCCGUAGGGCGAUGGCCUACGAGUCUCUGGAGCGCUACAGGAACGCGUACGUGGAUUACAAAACCGUCCUGCAGAUCGACUCCAGCGUACAGGCAGCUCACGACAGUGUACACAGGAUCACAAAGCAGCUGAUGGAGCAGGAUGGUCCUGAUUGGAGAGAGAAGCUUCCUGAGAUUCCCAACGUUCCCAUUUCAGCCCAGCAGCAUCGCAGGGAAGAACCGAGCGCUGAUGUUCUCCAUGCACGAGCCGUCAGAGCUGAAGAGGAGAAGGUCAGAAAAGCUGAGGCACGUUUCACUCUGCUGAAGGAGGAAGGCAACGAUCUGGUGAAGAGAGGCGAGUUUGAGAAAGCGAUGCAGAAAUACAGCGAGUGUAUCGCUCUCAAACCCACCGAGUGCUCCGUCUACACCAACAGAGCACUGUGUCUCCUGAAGCUGGAUCGUUUUGCUGAGGCGAGGCAGGACUGUGACUCUGCACUACAGAUAGAGUCGGACAAUAAGAAAGCGUUUUACAGACGAGCGCUCGCUCACAAAGGCCUGAAGGACUUCCUGUCGUCCAGUUCUGACCUGCAGGAGGUUCUGCGUUUGGACCCGAAUGUGCGUGAGGCUGAACAGGAGCUACAGGAGGUCACGGUUCUGUUGAGGGAGAGUCUGCUGGAGUCAAACACUCAGGACUGACCAGAAAGCAGAAGAAAGUCCCAACAGCUGUCCUUGUCUUCCAGCAGAACUACAAGCAGUUUCAGCCCACACGUGUAAACACACACACACACACACACACACACGUUUCUUUUUUCUUUCAGAAAGGAGAUGAGUUAGAUGUGCUGCAGAUGGCCACGUGCUGAUAUUUAAACCCUAAUCCGUCUCUGCGCAUGACGCUUUAAACACCUCGACGCCGCUCUCUCGUCAUAAACACUCCAAUAAUCUCUUCGGUUUAUCAGAGCGACAAAACGCUGCUCUGGACCUGAAGUCUGUUUCAGAUUAAAGCAGUAAAGAGAAAUGAAAUGUUUAAUGUUCUAUUUAACCUUCAGUUUUUUUCCCCUCAUGUAAAAAUAAACUAAUUUAAAGUAAGAAAUACUAAAGAAGGUGGAUGUAUUUUUAUUCCUUAUAAAAACACACAGGAUGAGAGAAAUAAAUCAAAGUGUUUCAGAUAGAAUUAUAAACUAUAUUUUGUGUCUGUAAAGAUAUUUUUAAGAAGAAAAUCAGAUCCUUAAAACAGAUUAAUUGAUCAUUAUUAACGAUAAUUUGGCUAAAUCUUGUAAAAUAGGUGAAAUGUCUUAUUUAAUAAAAAUAUAUUGUGCUCUUUAUUGUAUUCCAUGUAUUUGCUGUAAAACAGAAUGAUUUUCCCUGCAGCUUGUCUUCAGUUUCACUGCCUCAUAACUGAAGUAAUUCAUUAUAGAAACACGUUUACUCUGAGACUCGCUGAGGCGGCUCUGAGACUCGCUGAGGCGGCUCUGAGACUCGCUGCGGCGGCUCUGAGACUUGCUGCGGCGGCUCUGAGACUCGCUGAUGAGACUCACUGAUGCUCUGAGACUCGCUGAGGCGGCUCUGAGACUCGCUGAUGCUCUGAGACUCGCUGCGGCGGCUCUGAGACUCGCUGCGGCGGCUCUGAGACUCACUGAUGCUCUGAGACUCGCUGCGGCGGCUCUGAGACUCACUGAUGAGCCUCACUGAUGCUCUGAGACUCACUGAUGAGCCUCACUGAUGCUCUGAGACUCACUGAUGAGACUCACUGAUGCUCUGAGACUCGCUGCGGCGGCUCUGAGACUCACUGAUGCUCUGAGACUCACUGAUGCAGAGUUUCCAUGCUGCCUGAUAAGCUGUACACAUUUUAGCAAACAAACACUAAUCCUCAUUUAAUGCCAUUUAUGUUUUUUCUUUAACUUCACAUCCUCACACUUACUAAUUCAAUGAAAAAAAUAUGCAACAACAUAACUUCAUUAUCGUAUGGACUCGAGCGCAUGCUGAACGUUUAGUGUGUAAGAAAGAGUGAAAGUUAUUUAUGCUGUAAAUACUGCAGAAGAAAAAAUGAAUAAAGCUUUUUAAAAUCCA